CAUGGAACUGCCCCCACAGCUCUCCUUUGCCCUCUAUGUGGCCGCCUUUGUGCUGGGUUUCCCUCUCAAUGCUCUGGCCAUCCGAGGGGCCGCGGCCCACGCCCGCCUCCGCCUCACUCCUAGCCUGGUCUAUGCUCUCCACCUGGGUUUCUCUGACCUCCUGCUGACAGUCUCUCUGCCCCUGAAGGCGGUGGAGGCCCUAGGCUCAGGAGCCUGGCCCCUGCCAACCCCGCUCUGUCCUGCCUUUGCUGUGGCCCACUUCGCUCCUCUCUAUGCAGGUGGGGUCUUCCUGGCCGCCUUGAGUGCGGGCCGCUACCUAGGAGCGGCCUUCCCCUUGGGUUACCAAGCCGUUCGGAGGCCACGCUAUUCCUGGGGGGUAUGUGUGGCCAUAUGGGCCCUUGUCCUCUGUCACCUGGGGCUGGUGUGUGGUUUAGAGGCUCCGGGAGGCUGGCUGGAUAACACCACCAGCUCCCUGGGCAUCAACACACCAGUUAAUGGCUCUCCAGUCUGCCUUGAGGCCUGGGACCCAGCCUCAGCUGGCCCAGCCCGUCUCAGUCUCUCUCUUCUGCUCUUCUUUCUGCCCCUGGCCAUCACAGCCUUUUCCUAUGUGGGCUGCCUCCGGGCACUGGCCCACUCAGGCUUGAGCCACAGACGGAAGCUGAGGGCAGCCUGGGUGGCUGGUGGAGCCCUGCUCACACUGCUGCUCUGCUUAGGACCCUACAAUGCCUCCAAUGUGGCUGGCUUCCUGAACCCCGAAAUGGGAGGUCACUGGCGGAAGCUGGGGCUCAUCACAGGUGCCUGGAGUGUGGUGCUCAACCCAUUGGUGACAGGAUACUUGGGAAGAGGUCCUGGUCUGAAGACAGUAUGCGCGGCAAGAAAGCAAGGAGGAACAUCCCAGAAGUAGCAGCC